CCAACCUUUAGCGCAGUAGAAGGCCCAUUUGAAACAAAUGGCAAGAUCUGCUCACUCUGUUAAUUGUAACAAGAUUCAUAAUAAGCCCAUAAAAAGCCGUGUCUGCGAUCCUGGGAUAUCAAGUCACUGACCUGAUAUGGUCAUAUGUAUGGCAUAAUUUGAGCACGUUAAUUACUAAAUCGUACCUUUCUUGGUACGCUUAGGCAGCACAUUAAACGCAUUUGGUCUCGCUACGGGUAUUUCAGGCUCCUAAAUGCGAACAUGGCGAACUAAUGCAAAACCACACUCGCGUGAUGAGAAGCCCGCGAAGCGUGCCAAAGGGUUUGAAAACGUGUUACGCACGACAUGUUUGAGACACGCCUUGGGUCCAAUUUCCAAUUAAGCAUAUCGUAACAAAAUGCGAGAAACCUGACCUUUAUAUAGUGAAAAAUUGUGACCCAUCAAAGCUGUCGUGGGAAGCAAUACAAGAAAAAAAUAUAUACUACACCUCAAUUGGUAACGAAGAUCACUCGCCUCAACGCAGUGUACAUUUUUUGUGGAGUGCGCACCGAAGGGAAAAGCCAGAACUCUCCCCUUAAUUCAGACGUGCAGAUUCUCAAACCACAAUCCUUAUGCUUCUUCAUAUGAAGAAUUGCCUUGGAAGACAAACGUUCCUCACUCAUUGGGCUGCUCUCAACACCAGCCAAUUUAAUCAUUAAAGACGCUUUUCGCCAACAAAUAUAUCAACACAUUUUUUUUAGAUUUCCGGAGGUGAACCGACGAGCAUACGAGCUUGUAUCGUCGCUACGCCACUGUCCGUCCUCGCUGUUAAUUUUUUUUUAAUGAUAUGAUCCGUACCAGCUCGCUGUUUUAUGAUAACUGCUUGACUGAAACUGACCCCGCAAACGGCUCUGACAGUGAAAUGGCUGUUUGAACGUCAACUGCAUCAAUAGAACUACCGUGUUUUGAUCUGCUCAGUUUGCGUAUAGACAUAUUUACUUCUUUUGUUUCCUCCUCUACAUGCUUGCCAAGAUCUCUCAGGUUGUGAAGACAAGAAUUGCAUCUUGGGAAUAAAAAAGUUCGAGUAAAUAACACUUAAAUUACAUUGCAGUGUUAAAAUGAGAAGUGAGAUAACCUUGGCAGGCUGCCUCGAACUUGACUUGAAAUUGCCCCGAGUUCACGAAACAGCUUCGCUGGUCUCAGCACGAGCUCGAAGUUGGCCCAUGCUUGAGGACAAAAUAGAAAACAUAAAAUUAGGGUUGUCCCAAACGUGACCCGCAAAUUACCUCGUGACUACGGCGCGAGUUUCACUCGUGUCAACCAUUUAUAACUAGUGAAUUCAUCCGGUUAUGAGUAGAAAUAAGCCUAAAGCAUUGCAGUCUUUCACAGUGACCCGGUGUCAGAUAAGCCGAUUUAAUCAUGAUAGGAGAACGCGAAGAAUCAGACUGUUCGCCAAAGUGCAUGCAAAGAUUUUAUUUGUCCCUCGCAUUUCUGUCCAUCGCCGGGAGUCUGUCGAUCUUCGUGAUAAUUGUUAUGAUCGUUGUAAUCUGGUUUAAAGGCUGUCCCAGCUGCGAGAAGAGUCUACUUGCCAUGAAUGAAUCCUACUUUGUGACGAUCUUGGGAUGUGUUGGCACGUUACUUUUUGUUCUCGGAGGCAGCAUAUUGAUGGCGUUUUCGUGGAAAAAAGGUCAAAACAACGCUUAUGAUGACAUUCCUGAAGCGGUCAUCUCUUUCAUUCCUGCCGAAGAUUUGGAAAAAUCGCCCGCUCCUGUACUGCCUUACAAUUACAUCCCCCGUGUUGCAGCCGAAGAGAAAAAAGUACCCUCCUUAGAUUUGCCCGAUUACUACACCGUUGUUCAAAAUUUUGAUAAACUUUAUUCAGUUGUGGAUGCGGAUGAGGACAUUUGGACCGUUGAUGUUCCUGAAAUACCUGAAACUCCUCCGCCGUGUUACGCAAAAGCGCUUGAAAUGACAUUAACUGCUGUUGCAGUUGAAGUUGAAGAGGAGGUACAAAGCGAAGAUUCUGCAUAACGAACUUGAGAAAUCGCCACAACAGACGUCGAGCGAUGGCUUUGCCCUGAUAUUCUGCGAUUUAAUUAAAGCCAGUGUAAGAGGCAACCUAUGACACAGGUCGCCCAAGCUCGUCAUAUGAGAGGCUGUACCGUGCAGUACAGUUACAUCACAGUGUAAGGAUAUGAAAAUACACUCUUUUUAAUAAGAAUACUGUUUUGCCGGCCCAGUCUGAACACUCUUAUUUUUCUGCCGAUUUUCUGCUGAAAAUAUUCUUGUAAAUAUUCUAAGAUUAUAGUGUAUGAAAGUUCUAUUUUGAAAUGUAUUGGGGUAUCAGUUUCAAGUGUUUCGUGUCCAAAUGAUGUUGAAGUUAUUUUGGAGUCAGACUGCAGGCAAUACAGCCUCAAAUGACACACAUAACUUCUUUAGAAAUUGUAUUAGCAUCGAACAUGCGGCUGCUGCUGUGCGGCUAGUCCUUUAGAGAAAGGAAGAAUUUCAUACGGUUUAGUUAAAACACGUGAUUGUGUUGUAUUUACAAAUUUUCAGCACACAAAAUGAUAUAUUCUUUUCAAAAACUCAGUGUUGGGUUUAUUCUUGAAUUUGGCAAACUUUCAACCUCGAUAUUCUUAUAAAAUGAUUUAUUCUUAUAUAAUAAAAAGAGUGUAUAAGGAAUUGUCCGUUCUUAGGCGUCUGGAACGAUAAGUUACAAAACAGUAUAUAAAAAAAAGAUUUGUGUGGAAGAAAACAAUUGUACAUGUGUUUGCCUGUAAAUAUGAACGAGUAUUGAAUGACAAAACUUACUUCACAUUAGGUGUGUCGCUCAGUGAAGUUCCUAACCGUCUGUAUAUAAUACAUGUUGACGUUACGUAACAGUCAAAAUGUAAGGAUUUGUGUGGGGAAAAUUAUUGUACAAUUCAUAAAUAUAUUCUGUAAAUAUGGGCGAGUAUUCAAUAAAAGUACAUUUAUCUCAUUUAAGAAUGUCGCUUUGAGUUUCUUAUGAAAGUCCUGGGAUUCUGUAUACAGUGAGUUACGUAACAGUCGAAAUGUUAUGAUUUGGGUGAGGAACAACUGUUGUAUAAUUUUUUAAAACCUAAAAAUAUGAACCAUUAGUUAGGUGAACUGGGAAAAAGAAAUUUAACUCUCAUUAAUUUUUGUUUCCCGUGAAGUUAUAUAAUACAUGCAGCCACCAGUGACAGUUGAAACAUGAAGAUUCGUGUGAGAGAAAACGGUGGUAUAAUUCAUAAACCUAAAUAUACAAAUCGUUUUCACUCACGUGGCCAACUCACAUGGAAAUUUAUUGAAAC